AUGAAAAUUGAGAAAUGGGUGAAAAAUGAAAUAAAUAAAAGGUGGAAUGAAGCUUCAGGAUUAAGAUACUCCAAAAUGAUGAUGAAGGAACCGAAUACGCGUAGAGCCAAAUCUCUCUUAAACCUAAGUAGAAACGAUUUAAGAGUUAUGAUGGGGGGUCUUAACAGGACACUGCUGCUUAUACAAACACUUGAAUUCAAUGCAAAGUACGCAAUUUAUAAAUUGGAGAUGGGGAAGCUCCACAUGGGGAGCUUCAAAUUAUGCUAA